UACGCAUUGGCCGAAAUGAGGAAGGCUACAUGUGCUCAUUGUUUACAACCAUUUAUUUGUAAAAACAAAAGCUUGCGUAAUAUUCAUUCAUAGAAUUGGAUAUGUGCGUAAUGGUUUGAUUUUUGGAAAUAUAUAGGUUUGCCACGAUUAAAGAACUUCUACCUGUUCCUGUUCUUUGAAGCUUGGAAGUUACAAAAGAAAACAUGGAUUCUUUCUCUGAGAGAAAUCAUGACCCAUUACUCUUCCUCAACUCGGACAAGAGUGACUUGGAUGCCUUCCUAAUGAACACAAGUGCUGACAUGGCCCACAUGGCUGAGGAGCUACAUGCAAAUGUUUCUGAUGUUAAAAUGGAAAACAGUCUAGAUCUCGAUUCACUGGAAGCUAAUGGUCAGCUAGGUGACAUGACUUGGCUUCAUAAUUCAUCUCUGUCCACACUGGCCCAUCUGGACAAUGAAGAUACUUCUGAUGGUACCAUGAUCUCGGUUAAUCCACAGUCUGUCCUUCCUAUGCAGAUAAUCCAGAUAGAGAAAACCGAGAAUCUACUUUCCUCAGAAAGUGCUAACAGUGCAGCAAUGCGUCUACAUGCUAACUGUAGCAAUCUUAUGAAUUCCCCGGAGAAUCAAGCUCAGUCCUUGCAGCAGCAGCAACAAGCAUCGCAGCUAGCAUCUACACCCCAUGUUAUACACCAAGAACAUCCAACCAUUCGUAUCCUUUCAGUAGCCACACACGACAGUCCCCAAAAUUCACCAGGAAAAACACAAAAUUAUCUCAUUACCUCUUCUAGGAAUUCCCCUCUCAAGCAACAAACAUUUGUCCUGACUACUACAAAUGGUGCAUUGCCGACAGGCUUGACUAUUACAACGUCACACUCCCCUAAUCGCUCAAACUCAGGAGUACAGCAGUAUGUUUUAUCCUCACCACAAAAACUACAUGCCAUCACUACAGAUAAAUGUGGACGUGUCUUGCUGAAAUCUGGGAAUAAUCUUCUUUCUCCAUCACAGGCUUCGCCUGUUUUGUUAGGUAGAUUACAGACAGGUGUUCAACCACAGCAACUGUUCCAGAAUGUUCAUGUCUCUAGUAUGUCUUCCUCUAAUGGGAACCAUUCGGAUACAGCCACUGUCACAUCGACAACCAACUGUGAAGAAAGGACUUACCCAAAGCCAGUUUUUUCCUACAGCUGUCUGAUUGCUCUUGCUUUGAAGAACAGUAAGAAUGGCAGUCUACCAGUCAGUGAGAUUUACAAUUUUAUGUGUGAGAAUUUUCCUUAUUUUAAAACUGCUCCUGACGGUUGGAAGAAUUCAGUUAGACAUAAUCUUUCAUUGAAUAAAUGUUUUGCCAAAGUGGACAACCCAAAGUUAAGUCAAGGAGCUAAAAAAGGUUGUUUAUGGGCCCUCAAUCCAGCAAAAAUUUCAAAGAUGGAAGAUGAAAUUUCAAAGUGGGGCAAGAAAGACCCUGCAGGAUUACUAAGUAGUAUGGCAUAUCCAGAGAAUUUAGAGGCUAUCGAGAAAGGCCAGGCCGGACUUCAUUAUUCAAAGAAAAAGUCUCCAGAUUCCUCCCCGUGUACUCCAUUAAGAGCCGAAGCCACGCCCACAAAAGCAGAGUAUUCUCCAUUAGUUAAGACUGAGUACUCACAAAUCAAGAUAGAAAAAUACCACCCAAAUAUCCGAAUAGAAAAAUCAGAACCGCAGACACCAACCAAGGCGGAGUACUCCCCAUCUGUCCAGAGAGACUUCACCCCCAUGAGGCAUGACUACCUUUCUUCUCCUAUACCCAAGGUCCAGCAUCAGAUGAAGAUGGAUAGCUCAGACAUGUAUUUAGAUGGCUCUUUAGCGUUUAACAGUGAUACCCUUACAGAUCUUGUUUUGCAAAAUUCAGCAUGGGAUGAUGACUAUGAAAGCAACUUAGAUAUUGAUCUCAUCUGUGAUUCACCCUCCUCACACUCCCACCUGUCAACACAUUCACCAUUGACGAUUCGGGCAUCCCCAAGUCUACAUUCGCACAGUACAGAUUUCUUUAACAGUCCAUCCGUCCAUCCGUUGUACAACAACAUAAUCAACAGUAGCCCAGUCCAGCUACAAAACCCGUCCCCCGUGACUGUCCGGGCCAACCUAUUUGGGGUCACCACACCUACACGGAGAACACUUUACACUUAAUUUGUUUUCAACAGUUGGAUAGAAAAAUGAAAUACACUCACAGUGAGGUAACAUUACCAGUAUUUCUUUAUCAUAUGGACUUAAAAACAUUUUUUUUUCAAACAUAUCAGCUUUAAAUACAUUUUUCAAGGAAGAAGUUAGUUUUUUUGUACUUGUACAUUUAUCAAAAACAUAUCUUGAUUACACUAGUAGCAGAAAUGAAUACAUUUUUGUUUUUGAUAGAAUGAAUGCAUGUCUAAUAUUAGGUAACAAUUAUUUUGAGAAAACAUUCCACUAAAAAAAUUGCGGAGUAAAAAAAAAUGCUUGAUAAGGUAUGUCUAUUAGUGAUUGUAAAUUAUUGGGAUGUAUUCAGAGUGCCUUGCUUGUGUCAGUUUUUUAUUUCUGUUAUGAUCCUUCUGACAGAUGAGUUGAUAAAUAUGUACACAAGUAAUUAAAUCCUGAAAGUUUCCUUUUUUCACGUCUUCAUGCUUGAAUUGUACAUAUCAUACAGGCGCAAAAUUAAUAGCUUACAAAGUUGCAAUUCUUUUCUUUGAUUCUGGUGAUUAUAAAAAAUAUGUGGUCCCUGAUCUUGUUUUUAGUAAGGGCAAAAUUAGAUAAAAGCCAUAUACAUUUUUUAUGAGACCAAAAACAAUAUAGAAUGAAGUAAUUAUUUUAAAAAUAAUGAUAGAUAACAAUAAAAUCGUAGAUAACCUGUGUAUGGAAAUUAAAAUUUUAUUUUUGCACUCAUCUGGCUAUUAAAUUUUAAUGUCUGUUUCAAUAAGUACUCACUGCAGUUUGAUGGAUCUACUAGUAAAUAUUUAAUGAGUAUUAGGAAUAGAUGUUUUAAUUGAUUAGUAUUGUACAAAAAAAUAAACGACAGAUAUAUUUUUAGGGAAAGGCUUAUAACUUCUAUGAAUUUACUGUUCUGGUUUCUGUAAAUAAUUUUUUCAUCAACCUGCAAUGAGUUAGUGGUUGACUUAAACUAUAACCUUCUAUGGCAGCUACUUUUUUUUAUACCUUGGAAAUAUUUGAUCUUUGUUCAUAAAAUUUCAUUUCAAUUGUACAUGAAAUCAUCCAUGGUGAUUUUUUAUCAAAAAACUAAUAGCUGUAUACCACAAGACAAUCACAAAAUUGUUCUUCUAACGCAUUUCUCUUUAUUGUACAUACAAAACUUGAACUUUCCACUGUGGUUUAGGGUCAUCAUUUACAACUGUAAAUAUUCCACUCAGUGUAUAUACGCUAGUGCCAAAUUCUGUCUAUCCAGUUAAAGUUUUAAAAGAAAAAAAAAACUGCUUUUGCUUUAAAAAAACUUCUGCAGAUGAUAGCAGGCUGUGUAACCAUCUAGCUAGAGAGGAGAUGUAUUAUUUUAAACAGAUUUUUUAGAAUACCAGGUUUAAGUUUUUAUAUGUUUGAAGUUGUAGAUAUGUAAAAGUUUGUUUUUAAAAAAAGUCAUUUUUGUCUAUCAUAAAUUCUUACUUUAUGCCUAUUUUUAAAAAACUGUUAAAAAACAUGGUGUCUGCUUGAUUUGAUUAGAGCUUCCUCUCCCUGUUUAUAAUUCAUAUUUUCUCAGAAUGUUUUUACACAAACUGUUUUUGUACAUUGUUCAAUCAUUCUUGUAAAUAGUUACAAUUAGCAGUUUAAGUUUCAUUGAACAGUUGAUAGUUAUUGGUAAUUUAAAAAAGAAUCGUUAGUUCUAACUUAUAUCCAUAAUGCCAUAUGUGUUCAUAAGCUUAUUUAUUCUUUUAAUUACCAAUUACUACAAUUUAUUAAAUGGAGAGAAAUAACUUUAAUUACAUUUUUUAAUACUAAUUUUUAAAUUAAAAAUGAAACUAUUGUUAUAUACUGUUGUGAAGACAUUGUGGUCUAGAUUUUUUUGUUAUUGUUCCAUUUGCAUGUGAUUUUCAAGUUUUGUUACAAAUCCACAAUUUUUAUUGUUAAGCUGUAAUUUUUAAUAGCAAGAGUGAGUUUGACAAUUGAAGACUUAUUUUCUGUAUCUUGACUUGGUUUAGUAAAAAGAACAACGCACAGUUAGAAUUUGACAGCUAAAGUAUGUAAAGGUGUUGAUUGAUCAGUCCAGUGGUCACCUCUACCUCAUAUACUAUCAUGUGCUAACGUGCUCAGCAUAUUGACCUAAACCAAAGGCGGUUUCAUCCUUUACUUGACCAUUCCUUGAUUGUGUACAACAACUGUCCCAUGUGUGUCCAAGUAUAGAUUCACAAGCGUACAUUUACAAAACUUGUCUAAUAGAUUAGUUAACUGUAUGAAUGAACUUUUAUUGUAACAAAAUUAUACAACUGUUGUCAAAGUUUUGUUACGCCGUUCAGGUGCUCAAAUCAUGUCAGGCAGCUGAGCUGCCGUUUUAAAACCCAAUUAUGUUUUAAAUGAAGUAUUUUUUUUAUUAUAAUGAAUGUUAAUGUUGUUAAUGUAAAAUCUUUUGAUAAAUUGAAUUAAAAAAUUCAAACUUAA